UUAUGCUGGAUACAGGCUUCCUGAGUGUGUGGCCAAUCCAUUUCCAUUUUCUCUGGAGGAUCUCUACUUCAACUGGCAGUUGAUUUGUCCAUUGCCAUAGAACAUCAUUUCUGAUGGUUUUAGGCCAGCGAAUUCGCAGGAUCUUUCUGAGGCAUACGUUUAUAAAUGAUUGUAUUUUCUUCUUAUUUAUAGCAGUUAUUCUCCAUGUCUCAGCUCCAUAGAGUAAAACAGGUUUUACUAGUGUGUUGAAGAUCAGGUUUUUAUUCCAAGGGUUAAAUCUCCAGAACCCCAAACAUUUUUUAGUUGGUUGAAGACUGCCCGUCCUUAUUUUUAUGUCUGCUUCUGUCCCACCCUGCUUAUCAAUAUCAACAAUACUUCCAAGUAUCAUGGACAAAUUGGACAUGAGGAUCUGGCAGAUGUCUGAAGUUUAACUACAAUAUUCGUGUCAAGCUGCUCAUUUUUUAUCAAUAAUGAGGGCACAGUGCUGUAUUUGCUCCGACCUAUUUGAGGAUGCCUUGACUGUAAAUAUUGCAGCAUUGCACUGCGGACACACAUUUCAUGAAACAUGUCUCAUGAGAUGGAUGGAUACCUCUUCCACAUGUCCCAGCUGUCGAACUACUGUAAAACCAAAUCAGAUAAUUAAGCGUCUCUAUUUCGACAUAGCUGAAGAUUUGAAUGGAAAUGAAGACAUUAGUAAAUUUAUCAAUCAAAUAGGAAAUCUUAAGGUUCAGUUAAGUGAGAAAGAUAGACAAAAGCAAGACCUUGCAGAUGCCAGGGAUAAGCUUGCUAUAAGGCUAGCACAAUCUGAGUCAUUGUGUGAAAGUUUAACCAUUAAAUUAAAUAAAGAACUCAGCAUAAAAGAGGUCAUGCAAAGGAACAUUCAGCUGUUACAGAAUGAAAAUGCUGUCUUUGUAGAUGACAUGAAAGAAUUUAGGAAAACUCAGAAAAAACUUGAAGCACUUCAAAAUCUUGAGAUAGUUUUGAAUGGUUGUGAAGAUGAUGUGAAGCAAGUUAUGGCUCAGUACACAGAAGGUGGGGAGUCUUCACUCAAACAGCUGGCCAGUAUGAUCACAGUUAUGAAAAGGGAGUACAGCAAAGUAUUAAAUGACAAGAAAGGUUUACUGGAGAAAGUGACCAAAUUGAAGCAGUCAGUUGGCAACUAUCACACUGAGGCUCGAAAGUUAAAGCAUAAAGUUAAAGAACUUGCUGCUGAGCUGGAAAGGGCAAAUGAAGGUCUGACCAAGGUGGAGAAAGAAAACAAUGAAAAAAGAAGAAAGCUGGUGCACCUUAGAAAUGCAUUGCGUCAUAAUAUAACUGAAGGUAGUCAGAGCUUCAACCAAGCUUUAAAUGAGGACAGCCCCAAUGUGGCCUACACUCCACCUCAUCAACAUGACCCUCUGACUGAUGUCAAUGAGAGUUCUACUCCAGAUCUCUUUGAAGAUUCUGUUGUUGACAACAAAAGGAAACACAAUUAUGAUCAUUCUACACCAAAAUUAAAGUUCAUUCAAAUUCCUACAGCAACAGAAAAAUUGCAUGCAGCAAAGCGAGCAAAAUUAGAAUUGGAGUCACAGAAUGAUCCCCCCAUUCCCAAAACAAUGCUGAGCAUCAUGCAAAAAAAGAUGACAGGUAUCUCCAAUUCCAGGGCUCACCUGCCAUCUGUCAUCACACGGGGUUACGAUGGCUUUGGUGGCUCAACCACCUUUGUUCAGCCCUUAGGGCCACCCAAGGCUUCACACACCAAGAUAGUGCCUAAAAAUAAGACUAUAAAGAAAAGCAAAUUUUGUGAUCCUAAAACUUUUAAAAACAUGCCGCUGUUUAAAAUAGUUUCCAAAUCAACACCGUGUAGUUCUCCUGCAUCAGAUGGUGGAGUCAGCCAGCAACCUGAGGCAACUCGAGUGAUUCAGCAAACACAGCCAACCAGCAAGAGUAAAAGCAAGAGUUGUGCCUCAACAGACAAUCAUUCGUCCACCUUGUUUCCUAAGUUGAGCAUGGGUGACAGGGAUUAUAUUGAUUUGACGUGACUAUAUUUUUUAGUUGUUCUAUCAUGAGUGCUUUAUUUAGUUUCCUAGUGAGUUAUAGAAUACACAUUUGGCUAAUGUUGUCUUCUUUCAAUCAUUUUUGGCACUCCUACAAUAUUUUAUAAAUGUUUUGAUUUACUCUAUAUACUGUAGGUUUUAUAAUUACUUUAAAAGAAUACAAUUAAACAUGUAUUUA